AUGACCAUGUAUCCAAUUGAUCUUCCUAUCAGCGAUGCUCCCCCCGAGCGCGAGAUCAGCUCGUAUUCCCCACCCACCAAUAGCUAUCAACUGUUCCUGGCAGUCUACCACCGCGGCGAGCUGUCCCUUGGCGACUACCGACGCCGCCUCGGCUUCUCUGCGUACCACUGGGCCAUCCUCGUCUGGGAUCUCAAGAACGAUCGCUGGUACGCCUACGACGUGACCGAUGGAUCCUCGCCAGACCCAGUGCUUCGGCGCGACCUCAACCCAGACUUCCAAUGGACCUACCGUGUCAAGACCAACAUCCAUCCGGACUCGUGUGACUCUCUCCUCAUCAGAAUGGCAAUCGGCGAAGUCAACGAUGGAAUCGGCCCGGAGACUAUCAAGAUCCUCCUUCAGUCUGUUCAGAUACCGAUUAAGGGUGCUUAUCCGCCGCAGAACUGCGUCAACUGGAUCAGGGCUGUUCUUCACAAGCUCCGCUUCCAUGGCUAUGCCCCUGACCUGCACGACAUUGAGAUGACCAUUGAUCGUGCUCUUGCCUAUGCUGAUCUGCGUAUGGCUAACCCGGACAAUUCGGCCUAUCUUGUCGACUACCUUGGCAACGAAAUGUUCUUUCGCGUGAAAUGA